AUGCAUGCUCCUUGUCUUCGUAGAACCAUCUGGACAUGGGGGUCGAGCUCAGCUCGUACGCUUCAUUCGGGCAGGGCGGCUUUCCACACGACCAAGUCUCUGUCUUCGCGUCCACCAGCAUCGAAUCACCACGACACCCCUCACCCAGCUCCAAGGUUCGGCGAGCACCGACACGAUGCCCAUGCGACAUCCCAUCAACGGCAUAUCCGGCAUGAGCCCCCGAGGCCUCGCAGGAUUGUCAUAGGGAUCACAGGCGCCACCGGCACGGUCUACGCUAUCCGCAUUCUCGAAAUAUUACGACAGCUCGGGGUCGAAACGCACCUCGUGAUCAGCAAGUGGGCGCUCGCGACGAUGAAAUACGAGACGUCGCUGAGCGAGGCGGAGAUCCGGGGCAUGGCGAGCAAGACGUACACGGCCAAGGACCUCUCGGCGCCCAUCGCCUCGGGGUCCUUCCAGCACGACGGCAUGAUCAUCGUGCCGUGCAGCAUGAAGACGCUGGCCGCCGUGAGGUCGGGCUUCUGCGACGACCUCAUCUCGCGCGCGGCCGACGUGAGCCUCAAGGAGGACCGCAGGCUGGUGCUCGCCGUCCGCGAGACGCCCCUGAGCGACAUCCACCUCGACAACAUGCUCUUCCUGCGCCGCGCGGGCGCCACGAUCUUCCCUCCCGUCCCGGCCUUCUACACGAGACCGGCGAGCUUGGAGGACCUGGUCGACCAGACGGCUGGCAGGAUGCUGGACUCCAUGGGUAUACAUACUGACGGGUUCGAGCGGUGGGAGGGCUUCCAGCGACAACCGGCGGCGGGGAGCGCGUCGCGCAGACGCACCGCGGCGGCGAUCAACGACGGACAUGACGCAGAAUCAGAGGUACCAAAGGCAAGCAUGGGAGCGGCAGCAUAA